AUGCUCGCCGGGGCGUUCCGGUGCGCGUCGAGGAACGCGCGAAGGCACGCGCGCGCGAGCGCGUCCGCGGAGGCGUUCUCAGCGGAGGCGGCUCGCUUCUCCUCCUCUUCGUCGCCCCUCCUUCACCGCAUCCCCGAGGAGGUGCCGUUCCGCCGCCGCCUCGUGCGCUGGUCCGCGGUCGGCGCGCGCUCCUUCGCGUCGUCCGUCGCGUCGUCGUCGUCGUCGUCGUCGUCGUCGCCGCCGCCGCCGACGCGGUCGAUCGCGUACGUCCCUCGAUACAAGCGCGACUCGAGAAGACCGAACGCGAACCCGAGACCGAGCGCGGGCGCGGGCGGCGGCGAGGGCGAGGGCGAGGGAUCGACCCCCGCGCGGCUCACCGCGAGGGCGCGGCGGCGAUCGGCGAAGGAGCGCGCGGCGGCGGUGGACGUCCCGAAGAUCAGCAGAACCGCGCCGGACGUCGUCGACGACGACGGCAUCGACGGAGGAGGCGAGAUGGGGAAGAGGAGGGCGAAGAAGGCGCCGGGAGCCGGGUACGAGGUGUGCGCGCGCGACGGCCGCGUGUACGACGCGCGGGGAGGGGAGCUGGGAAGGAAGCAGGUGGGCGGGGACGCGUACGCGCAAGUGGUGGCGCUCGGCGUGGACGCGGGCGAGGACACGAGCCCGGGGGUGCUCAUCUUUACCAACCGCCGACGGUACGUCUUCAACGUCGGCGAGGGGUUUCAGCGGUUUUGCGUCGAACACGGCGUCGCGCUGCGGAAACUGGAACGCGUGUUUCUGACGCGCGCGAGCGCGAGGACGUCCGGGGGGCUGACCGGGAUGCUGCUGACCGUCGCGGACGAGAGAGGGAACCCGGUCGCGACCGGGGCGCAGAGGAGCGAGGCGUGCGACAUCCCAGAGCUGACCGUGCACGGGCCGCCGAGGGGGGUCACGGACGUUCCCUUAACACGGAGCGCCGCCCUGCGUCUGAGGACAACAAACACGAGGAGGCUCGCGGCGGGCGUCGUCGACGCAAUUUUAUUUUUUUUGGUUUUUUUUGGUUUUUCCCUCGCUCGCUCGGUCCUUCUCCGCCCGCCCGAAGCGUCCGUCGCCGAUACCAGCGUCCGUCCGUCGCCGCCGCCGGUGAAUUGCAAUCAUACUGCGUUAUCUUUCCCACCCGCGGGGACUCCCGGCGGUCCCUUUACACGGACCGUCGCCCUGCAUCUGAGGAAAUCAUACACACAUGAGGCGCGAGCGAGCGACGGAGCGUUUUUUUUUUCUCUUCGCGCCCGCCAAACCCGAGCGUUUUUUUCUCAUCCAUCCCCGCCCCUCCCUCCCUCCCCCUCGUGCGCAGGCGCGUUCCACACCCUCGUCGGCACCAACCGAAACGUCAAAGUCAACUCGCGACCGUUCGAGCUCACCGCGCCCGGCGGCCCGACCGAGCGCCACCCCCACGCGCACAAGGACGAGCAGAUGGAGGUGACCCCCGUGGUGAUUUCGCUUCCGGCGACGACGGCGACCCGGGGGGGCGCGUCCGGGCCGUUCGGCGACGUCGCGUCCCUCGGCCGUCACGUCGCGAAGCGCCAGAAAACGAUGGAGGAGGGAGGAGGAGACGUAGGAGGUUUAGACGAUGCGGGUGAUCCUGGUAGUAACGGUCAUAACCAAGGCGUUACCUCCGCGCUCGUGCUCGACGAGACCGAGGCUGAGGCGGUGUGCUACGGGCUCCAGAUGGCGCCGUCGGCGGGGAAGUUCGACAACGCGAAAGCGGAGGCGCUCGGGAUACCCAAAGGGCCCUGGUGCUCGGACCUCGUCCACGGGUACUCGAUCACGCUGGAGAACGGCACCGUGAUCGAGCCGAGCAUGGUCGUCGGAGCGCCGACGACGGGCGCGCGCAUUUUCAUCGCCGACGUGCCGACGACGCGUCACCUCGCGGAGAUCACCAGGGAAGGGUCGCCGUCGUACAACGCGCUUCGAAAACUCGGACAUGUGUCGGACAAGAAAGUGUCGGACGAAGAUCUAGCGGUGUCGGAAGAUACGGACGCCGCCUUUCCGAUCGGCGACCUCGGGUGCGUGUUCCACCUCACCCCGUCGAGCGUCGCGAACACGCCGGAGUACGAGGCGUGGACGCGCGACUGCGAGGCGUUUAUCAAUCCCGCGAGAACGACGACGAAGACGACGACGACGAGAGACGGCGUCGAGACGACGACGACGACGACGACGACGACGCCGGUGCGGCACGUGUUCGUGAACGCGCUGACCCACGCGGACGCGCCGACGUUUCGCGCGUCGCACAUCGUGAGCCACCGCGUGAGCGCAGUGGACGACAAGGUGUUCCCGCCGCGGAGCGCCAAGGCGGCGUGGACGCAGCGGAUCGCGUGGGCGACGGACCGAGCGAAAGUCGCGGACGACAAUUGGGUCAGAGCCGCCGCCGCCGCCGCCGCGAAUAACGGGAGCGGCGACGGCGCGGGGACGACGACGUCGUCGUCGCCGCCGCCGCCGCCGACGCCGAUCGUUCACCCCGGCGUGAACAACACGAAGUACGUCUUGAUGCCGGUGGAUAAACAACGCGUCGACGCGACGGACGCGCGCGCGCCGCCGGCGAUGUCGGGGAGUUACAUCAACUACGACCUGGCGCCGCACGCGUUGAAGAAGAUCGUCGCGGACGCGGAGGCGACGCGGUCGGCCGCGGCGGCGAAGGCGGAGGCGGAGGCGGAGGCGUCGUCGGCGUUGGAACUGGAACUGGAGCCGGAAGCGAAACCGGCGGAGGCGAAACCGAAACCGCCCACGGGCGCGGAGCUGCCGACGCCGCGCGCUUUGCGAGGGCUCCGCGAGGGCGACGUCGAGCUGUCCUUCCUCGGCACCGGCAGCUCCGCGCCCGCCAAGUACCGCAACGUCAGCGGGAUCUUCCUCGACGUCCCGAGCCGCGGGUGCAUGUUUCUGGACGCGGGCGAGGGGACGUUCGGGCAGCUCAACCGGCUGUACGGCGCCGCCGGCGCCGACGCGCGAUUGCGACGGCUCAAGAUGAUUUGGAUCUCGCACGUGCACGCGGAUCAUCACGUCGGCGUGCCGACGCUGCUCGCGGAGCGACGCGCGCGCAUGAUCGCGUCCGGGAUCGAGAACCCGCCGCCGCUCGUCGUCGUCGGCCCGCCGGCGCUUCGGAGGUAUCUUCUCGCGUACGAGCAAGUCCAGCCGUUGUGUUAUCAUUUCGUCGCGUGCCACGAGGUCAGGGAAGACCGCUGGGCGGCGGCGGCGGCGGACGCAAGACGUUUCCCAAGUCUAGGGUUCUACGAGGAGCGGAGUUUGAAUCUCGUGCGCGCGGCGUGCGAGGAGAUGGAACUCGCGCGCGUCGUCUCCGCGCCCGUCGUGCACUGCGCGCAGUCGUACGCGGUGUCCGUGGAGGCGAAGCCGCGGGAAAAAGAAUUAGUAGUAGAGAGCGAAAACGCCCCCGCCGAAAAGGCUGCCGACGUCGUCCCCGGGUGGAAACUCGUCUACAGCGGCGACACGCGUCCGUGCGAGUCGCUCACGCGCUUGGCGACGGACGCCACGGUCCUCGUCCACGAGGCGACCUUCGAGAACGACAUGGACGAGGACGCGAUAAAGAAGCGGCACAGCACCACUCGCGACGCGGUGCGAACCGGCGUGGAGGCGCGCGCGUAUCGAACGAUUCUGACGCACUUCUCGCAGCGGUAUCCGAAGAUCCCGGUGCUGGACGAGAGCGUGAGCGAGCGGACCGCGGUCGCGUUCGACAUGAUGCGCGUGGACUUCGCGCGCGAUCUGCCGCGAUUGCCGAGCCUCGUGCCCGCGGUGCAGGCGGUGUUCCUCGACCCGGAGGAGGUGUUCGGAGGCGGCGGCAAUAAUACCGCCGCCGCGAAUAAGAAGAAGAAGUGGGGGCCGCCGCCGCGGGGGGGGUCGAAGUCUCCGCCGAGGCGAUGA